CUAGCAGUCUUUCCUUCUGCCUUGCCUCUACCCAGUAGCUGUACCUGUGUUGUGGCGCACUAGAUAUUGAUCUCUGAAGUGUGUCACCACUGGCAACGCUCCUUACAUCACUCUUCCCGGAAUACCCUCCACGUCGUCACAGGAGUGCACUGCUGUCGGAAACUCGCCAAGUCAAGUCGAUCUUGUAGUCUAGACCUCACCAGCUGAGAACGCGAGGGGUCUCGGGAGACCAACACGUCCAUCCACAAUCAAGCCGACGACUACACACGACACGAAAGAGUCGUAUCCGACAUCAUCUAGGUCGCACCGCACGUGAAGUCGAGUGGACGAGAGCCAUGUCGGUUGCUCCAGCCGUGCCUUUCGGAAUAAUUGUGCCUGGCCGGCCAGUGAUCCCAGAGUUCAGGGCGAUAGAUUCAUCCAAGUGCGUGACUGAAAUAGUCACCCCCCGAGAGGUAGACGAGUUGGUGUUCUUCCUGCUGCCAACCUCUCCCGUCCCGCCGGGGCAAACCGCCGUGCUCUACUUCAGCGUGCCUACCGCUACCACUGGAGCCUUCGAGCAUUGGGAGGUGCUGGGAGCGCUAGCGGCGAGCAAGCCGUCAGGCGUGUUUCGAACCGGGUGGCCUACCAACGAGCAGAUGCAGUCGUGUGGGGUAGUUCAGCUGGGUGUUUCCAUCGAGUCGGCGGACACCGCCACCAACUUGGGGCUAUGUGCUGGAGGCGUACAGGACCGAAAGAAUUUCGCGCUCAAGAUAGCCAAAGACCUGUUCCAAUUCAUGUCAUCGUUCAGCCAGAGCACCCAGGCCGGUCCAGAGCUGAUGGUGGUCCCUACCAACGUCUUGGAUAGGUGGAUACUACGUUUCGAGAGCAAGUACAACCGAGACCCGAACUUCAUGUUGAAAGACCAAUAGCUAAUCAAUACAGCUAGUGCCCGCACUUGAGAACCUGGAGCUAGUUUGGUCGAGGAUGGGGUUCUCAGUUAUAGGGUUAGGCUUCGAAUGCCUGCUAUGAUAUAGGUUUUAGUGUAGUAGGGGUUCUUAACCGGCCUCACAAAUUUAAAUGGUGCUCGUGAUCCUUUGUCUUUUUAUGUUAGUCGAGCAUGAAGGGCCAAUACUCAAGUGCGGGCGCUAGCUGUAGAUAGAGUAGGGAAGCGGAGGCGGUGUCUGAAAAGGGCCGAACGCCGUUGAGCUUUGCCUUCUCCAUGUGGUGCGUUGUACCAUGCAUGGUAUUUUUUUUGGCGCUUCUAAGCGUUGUAUGAUGUUCGCGUCAACCCUGCCGCGUAAUACCUGGAGUAUAUAUAUAUAUUUUUCUUAAUAUGACACCACGAAACCAUCUCUAUCAUAGAAAAGAGUCUGAGACAGAUUAGCAAUGAAUUCAUAGCGUCAGAAAGUACCUGUAUGUCUACGGUUUCCCAGAGUAUAUUUUGGACUAUAUUGUUGCCGUAGCCGUGGCGCCCUGCUGGUAUGUUGGUAGCAGUAGUCGUGGGGCUAGGGGUUUGUGGUGUUAUUGCGCAAGCAAGGGUGAAACUUGGAUGUAUUUCAUUAACUCAUAUGUAUAGAGGUUGUGGGGAAUCAGGGCGUUUGCUGAUUGCGUCGGUCGUACAUAAUUUGGAGUAUUUUGUGGGUGUGCGCUUGUUUUUUUCUGUUUGUUUCUGGUCAACAAGGAAAGAACGAGUUAGAAAAAUCGCGUUUUGUAUGUCCAGGUGUGCUAGUUCGGCCACCAUCAUGCUGCAUGUUAUUCAUGCCGAGCGGUGUAUCGUG